AUGGUGCCUGCACCACAGUCUCUACCGACACGGUUCCCGUGCUGGUGCAGAGCAGUCUACUCUUGGGGCGGAGAGUCCAAACGAGAUCUCGGCUUCAUCGAAGGUGACUUGAUCGAAUGUCUCAACGCUGGAGAUGGUUCAUGGUGGACGGGUAGACUAUGGCGCGACAGAAGGACUGUGGGAGUCUUUCCAUCCAAUUUCGUUGAGGUCCUCCCCGCCGACUUUAGACCAACGACGAGGUCAGCCAGCCCUCUUCCAGCAGAGAACACGCCGAGCCCAAGCACACCUCAAAAGUCAAGGACUUUCCGAAAGCCCUUCGAAGCCUAUUCCAAAGCACCGCACUAUACCGCCGCGAAACAGCCCGAGGUGUACCGCACGAACCCAAACCCAAGGCCUAGAGGGCACUCUGGAGAGUCGAUUCACAGUGCAAUGGCGGAGCAAAGCAAAAGAGAUCGGUCACCGGCCCCGGAAACCUUCCUUUCGAGAGAGAACUCUUUCAAUGAUGCUGCCUCGACUAGAAUGCGAGCAUACACGUCGCCAGCCCCAACCGGUUACGUAUCGCGGGGUAAUUCCUUCAACGAUGGCGCGCAACAGCAGUACAUGCCGAGAGGAAGAACACCUGUGCCAAGAGGAAGAACACCGGUUCCAAGGGAGAGAACACCAGUACCUCCAAGAGAAAGGACACCCGUCCCCGACUACGGCCAUGGCCACAGCCACAGCCAAAGCCACGGCCACGGAUCAAGACAGAACUCUUACAACACGGAAAGGGGACCGUCUCCCAUACCGCCAUCCCACAACUUCAGCUCCUCAAGAGGUCCAUCGCCGGCACCUUCCGUGAGCUAUAAGCCUUACCGUCCUCCCACUCGAGAAAAGGUGGAUUCCCCUCCACCCCCGGCUCCACCUCCGCACCGACAUGUAGCGGCUUCGCGACAUAAGCAAAGCAUAUCCUACGACAGUAGGCACGAUAGCUCGCGUCAGGACUCUCAUGGCUCCUAUGACAAUCGCUUCCAUGCUGGUCGACAUGGGUCGGGUAACUCGUUUGACAAACGAUUUGAUAUCGUGCGUCAAGACUCGAGUGCCUCACACGACGACCGUCAUCCCCCCCUGGACAGGCACGGCUCGCAUCUCUCAUACCAAGCCCAUCGGCCGUCACCGAUACAGACUCAACGGCAUCACUCACCAGCUCCACCUUCGCCGUCAGCAAGCCACAUGACCCCGUCGCCUUUGCGGGAAGCAAUGGACGGCGUGAUCGAGCAGCUGGACGCCCUCGGGAUGCCCCGAGAUCCGACACCAGAGCCGCCACUGGAUCCGUGGUCACCCGAGUCGUUUGACAUGGUUAAUGACCGCGCUAGGAGAAAGAACACUUACCAAAGACCACAGACAUCUAUGGGCAUAGCACAACAGGACGAAGGGUACGAAACCUGGAGCGGCGGAUCGUCACGAGACCAAUCCUAUCACAACGGACAUCGGGAGGAUAAAGAGCAGCUACCUCAACUGAGUAACUACGUCGAACGUAUGGAAAGUCGUCUCAAAAAAAUGCAUCAACAUAGCGCAAGUAUGGCUGACCUUGAGGAUGAGGCACCGAAGCCACCCCCCAAAGGCCAGUUAUACGAGAGACCCAAGUCUUCGAUGGGUGGACCGGAGGAGAGGAAGCUUCGCGGGCGCAAGUCGGCCUACGACAUUGGCCGCAACGUCCUGAACAGGACGUUUACGACGAAGACCAACUCUACCAGCGCCUCCUCAGGCAAUCAGAGUUCGACGACGCAAAGCAGCGACAGGAGUUUGAUGAGUGGGUCGUCAGCCGGCGCUAUUAGCGCAACGAGCGCCGGCAGUUUCGCUCGCAAGACCCAAAAGCGUGCGCAGAGUGCCCUGGGCAUGAGGGACGCUGAUAUCGAGCGCCCUGAAACCCCAUUCACCGGUGUCACAUACCAUAGCAGCCACGCCUCGGAAGUAUCCCGGCCCAAAUCGCAAGCUGGCUUUCAUGAGGAUGCGGGUCUUGGGGGCCUCGUCACCCCGAAACCCCCAAAGAGGAACAUCUUCAAGAAGCUCCUCGACACAGCCAAGACUGGGGUGGCAUCCGGGCGCAGUAGUAUUGCCAUGGGUGCCGACUCGCCCAGAUCAUCGCCUUUUGCUCGCUCCAUGCCCAAUGUUGCCGCUCAAGCUGGUGCUAGCGUCUCCAACUUGACCAACAUGGGUAGCACUGGCUUCGGUAGGGAAGCAGCCAGAGAAAUGGGUCUUGCGAACGGAGUGGACUGGGUUCAGGUCCGCAGAGACGUCAAUCGAUCCAACUCUUUGAGUAAGAACGAGAGGAACGAGCGGAAAGACCGCUGCCAAAUGCUCGAUUACCCUGCACUGAACCCAGUCGAUGAGUUGUACGAAGGCAUGGAGGGCGAUGAAGGAGCGGAUGGUCUGCCUGUGGAGGACCCCAUCGACUAUCAAUCAUUAAACCUCACCCAGGUGGACAAGAACUCAAGGUUCGUGGCCAGCUUCCCGCCAACGACGACAGCGCAGAGCUUGGCGACAACAUACGUAUGUCGCCCAUACCGCAGCGACGUCCAGAGACUGCGGGCAAUCUUCACUUGGGUAUCCGAAAAGCUCGUUUGGGAAGAGGAUUUUGAAGGGCAAGUCGACACCCGAAGAGUCUUGCAGUCAAAGCGAGCGAGUGCCGAAGAGUAUGCAGUCACAGUGUACGAAAUGUGCUCUGCUGUUGGUAUUCAGUGUGAGGUCAUCCGCGGGUAUCUUAAGACGCCCGGUGAGAUUCCAGAGCACAAUAUCAUGCCUCGCGCAAACCACUGGUGGAAUGCGGUCCUGGUCGACAAUGACUGGCGGAUGAUUGACUGCUGCAUGGCCAGUCCUUCAUAUCCCAGGCGGCAUCUAUACUCAAGCGCUAGCAACAGCGCUGCCGACUUUUGGUGGUUCCUUACACGGCCGACAGAACUCUGCUGGACACAUAUCCCUGAACAUCACACUCAACAACACAUGUGCCCGCCACAGGCCCAUGAAGUUCUUCUGAACUUGCCCUGCGCCUGCCCCCCGUUUUUCAAGAACACACUGGAGAUGGUCGACUAUAACACGGCGGCAACUCGUAUCGAGGAUCUGGAGAUGGUACAUGUCAAGUUCAACGCACCGCCUGAUGUCGAGAUUGCUGCUGAGGUCGAAGUCCGCGGCUACACCAGGGAUGUCGAUGGCGAUGUGUUUGAGAGCGGCGAAGUUGUGAAGAAGAGAGCUUUGGCGCAAGCGGAGUGGUUCAACGGCACCAAAAGAUACACCAUCAAGGCUCUGUUGCCUGGUGAUGAGGGCCAGGGAGUCUUGAAGAUCUAUGCCGGCAAGCGUGGUCUGAUGCAUAGCAUCAAGGACAUUCCUCAUCCAGUGGCAUUUGCGCUACCAAUUAUUCAUACGGGCGAGAACCCCCCGUAUGAGUUUGUGACGCGGCACCCGACGCCUCAUGCGCAACGUCACGAUAUCUACGUUGUUCAACCUCAAUGCCAACGCCUGGCUCUGAACAACACUUUUGUUUUCGCAAUCCGGCAGCACCCCAGCUCUGCGGGCGCGGCUGGUUCGGUGAUGACGCCAUCAUCGAAUCCUGGGGGCGCAAGCCCAAUCCCGUUCAUGCGGCCGAGCUCUGCAAUGAGCAUGACCGCCUCCAGCGCCAGCGGCUCGAACCUCAGUUCAGCCGCUGCCGGUGGAAAGAAACCAGCAAAGUUGGCGAUUCAGACUCCGGGUGGCAAGAUCCUCCGUCUUAUGCGGAAAGAGGAACGCAGGGGAGUCAGUGUCGGCAGCAGAGGAGCUGAAGAGGAUCUCAGUGAUGGUGGCACAUGGGAGACCAUCAUCAAGUGUUCCGAGAAGGGUGUGUGGAGGGGACUCGUGUUGGCGGACCGCACCGCUCGCUGGUGCGUCUUUGCCGAAUGGGUAUGUGUGGGAUGA